UUCAGUAUUUAACUUUAUAUAAACAGAUAAAAAUUUUAUUAAUUAUAAUAAUUAUACAUUGCCUUUUUAGUUUUGGAGGCUUUUUCUAGACUUGUUCUCGCACUACAAAUAAAAUAAAAUUAAUGAGGAACGAAAAUAAGAAAUUGCACAUGUAAUAUUACAGGAAAUCUGGUAUACAGCUUGAGUUGAAUCCGGUGAGAGUUGACUUCCUUUAAUUUUAAGCUUCCUAUACGUUAUAAUAAGGCCUUUAUAUAUAACCAGUUUAUAUAAAAUGACAAGAAACAAGAAAAAUUAUUAGAUAUGGAAGAAGAAGAAGAAGGCAGAGGCACAAUUUGUGUAACUGGUGGAACUGGUUAUGUGGCUUCAUGGCUCAUAAUGAGACUUCUUCAACAUGGUCACUCAAUAAGAGCUACCGUUAGAUCUCACUCAUCAGAUAAUAACAAAAGAGAUAUAAGCUACCUCACAAGCCUACCAGGUGCAAAAGAGAGAUUAGAGAUUGUUGAGGCAGAUCUGGACCGUCCAGAGAGUUUCGACAGAGCAAUCCAAGGGUGCGUAGGAGUCUUUCAUUUAGCCCAUCCCAUGAACGUGGACGGAAAAGAGACGGAAGAAAUAGUUACCAGAAGAGCCGUAGAAGGGACACUUGGCAUCCUCAAGGCUUGCCUCGCCAACUCUGACACCAUAAAACGUGUCGUUUACACAUCCAGUGCCGUAACGGUUUUGUUCAACGACAACGACCCUAGCUGCGUAAGCGACGAAACGACAUGGAGCGAUCUCGAGGUUUGUCGUCGUAAGAGCAAUAAUGAUAGAGUAAGCUCUUCUUAUUUGGUAUCAAAGACUGUAGUGGAAAGAACCGCACUAGAUUUUGCCGAGAAGCAUGGAUUAAAUCUCGUUACUUUGGUUAUUCCUUUGGUGGUUGGACCUUUCAUUUGUCCCAAAAUACCUUCCUCCGUUUACUUUCCACUCGCCAUGAUUUUUGGAAACCAGGAUGUAUAUAAACAUUUUGUUAAGUUUGAUAUGGUACACAUAGAUGACGUGGCAAGUGCGCAUAUCUUUUUUCUAGAGAAACAUUAUAGUACUAAUGCGAAAGCAGGGAGGUACAUUUGUUCUUCGACGGAUAUAACCAUUCACGAAUUGUUUCAUUCUCUUUCAACAAGAUACCCAGAAUUUCAUUUAUCAUUAGUAGAUGAUUUAAAAGAAAUUAAGGUUGAUAAGAAGAAAUAUUCUAGUCUGUCCUCAAUGAAGCUUUUGGAAACUGGGUUCAAGUUCAAAUUCGGCCUUGAUGAAAUGCUUGCGGGUGCUAUUCAAUGCUGCAAAGACAAGGGUUUUCUUUAAACAAAAUAAAUGUAAAAUAAUUAUAAUUAUUUUUUCUUCUUUUUUUUUUUUGAUAACUUAUUUUUUCUUCUUUUUUCCUUCAACGUGUUUGCUAUUUAGUGUAAAAAUUAAAUUAGUAAUAUUAAUUAGCUGUUUUUCCCCCUUACGCUACGUUGACAUUCGUCUCAAUUUAAUAUAUGUAAUAUAUUUUCCUUUU